AUGACAUUUUCAUUUUGUUUUUGUUUUAAACGUGAUCGUGCUACAUAUAGUGUAUCAUCAAAUAAUGCAAAUAUAAAUCCAAUAAAAACAACAACAGUUACUUUAGCACCACUUCCAUUGUCAUCUGAUGCAUCGACUGUUCCAAUUGAAUCCGAUUAUGAAAAAAUUAUUGGUUCAUCAGGUGAUGGAGAAAUACGUAUUAAUAAUGAUUAUAGAGAUUCAACAACAUCAAUGGAAUAUGGUGGUUAUACAAAAUUAACACCAAUUCGAUCUCAGCAACAAUCAUUCGAUGAUGAUACACAACUGUAUGCUACUGUUGAUAAAACAAGAGCAGUAGGAAAUAAUGAAAUUAGAACAACACCGAAUGCUACAGCUGCUAUUGCAGCUGCUCUUAGACAAGGUUCAUCACCAGCAUCCACAACUACUUCUUCUUCUUCACCGGCAAUCUUUUCUCCGAGUUCAUAUCUAACUGGAUAUACAAUGACUUCUCAAAUUCCACCAGAACAUCCACCACCUCCGCCACCACCACCACCAUUGCCUCCACUUCUACCGCAAGUUUACGGUAGUACGACUGCAAAUAACAAUGAUUCUAGUCGUCGUCCACAUUAUGAUGAAGUUAUAACACGAGAAUCAUUACAAUAUCGUGCACAACGUUUACAAAUGGAAGAACAACAACAACAACAAAUACGUGAAAAUUAUUAUUCAUCUGUAAAUAGUGAACGUGGUACAACAACUGGAAGUGAUCUUUAUGCUGAAAUAGCAAAUGGAAGUGCAUCGGGUACAGUACAUCAAAAUCAACAAUCUUAUUAUUAUUCUCGACCAUCAGUUGGCAGUGGAAUAGGUGAUGAUUUAUCUGAAAGAUAUGCAACUGUGGUUGAAGCUGUUGAACAACAAUCAACAACGAAUCGUAUAUAUCAAGAUGUUGAUACGAUGAAACUCUAA